GGUUUAAACCCUUUCAGCCGGUAUCGUAGAGGAGCAGGAAGAGGGCGCAGCAGCGUUUCAACCGCAACUAUAAACUGAGAGUUUUCAAAGAGAAUUUCAUAUCACAUAUUUGCAACAAUUGCACACACCAUUUGCAGUUAGUGUCAGAUGGAUCACAAUGCCACAGCUGAAGAGCAAUUUGCUUCGCAGAGACUGAGGCAGAAGCUUGAUGAAGUGAAUUUAGCUGCUCAAACUAAUCUUGCCCCCAUCCAAGACCAUGUCAAUUUUACUCUUCAGAAAGCCUAUUUUAAAUGUGCAUAUGAGUGCUUCGAUAGAAGCAAAGGGCAGAAUGAGAUAAGCAAUUGUGUUGAAAAUUGCAGUAUUCCUCUUGCUAAUGUGCAACAGACGUUUGAAAAUGAGAUGGCAAAGUUUCAGGAGAGGAUGAACAGAUCUCUGAUGGUGUGUCAAGAUAAGUAUGAGGCAGCUAAGCUCCAGAAGAAAACUGGGGCCGUGAAUGAUAUGCUUUCCUGUGUUGACCAGUCAAUUCAGGAAACCGUCAAGAUGCUGCCACAUCUUACCAACAAGUUGAAAGCUUCCUUUGGAAUUAGCGACAACGGUUCCUUGUAGCUUAUUUCAUUUUUCCAUACUUUUAACUUCACUUGCAAAUCAAAAUUGGUGCAAGAGAUUGUUUUGUAACUCUUGCUGGAGUGGAAAAGAUAACAUACUUUUUUCUAUUCAUAGAAUGCUAAUGCAUGUUGAUUCAUCAACGACUU